GUGUUUGGAAUUAGCUUGCAAGCUAGGCAACGUUAAUUUGGGUGUUGAGGUCAGAACGCUCCGAUCAACCCUACUCGGCCAGAGCGUCCAGUUCCGCUCUGACUUUACGGACGUACAAUCUGACAAAACUCUGACUUUAAGGACGGACAAAUCUGACAAAACUCUGGUUUACGGACGGACAAAUCUGACUUUACGGACGCUCUGAGCGCACUCCAGAUUUACGAACAAGCACAUAUCAAGCGUCUGUAACGACGCGGUGCUGUUUGCCUUUGUUCACAUCGCCUUUCGGUGGCGGAACAAAUAUUUUGCGGGGAAGUCCUGACUUCUUUCUGGUCCAAUCACCGAGGGUUGCUGUUGCUAUGUGACGUUGACUGCAAACGUUAAGUUGCUAUGGAUUGUAAAUGAAGUUGGCCGAUCUCUAAACCAACCACUUUUUAUAUAAUUUUAGCAAAUUAACUCUCUUACUUGUUUAGUUUUUUGUUGUUGUUUUUUUAUCAACAAGAAAGAUAUUCGAUUAGUAUUCAGCAAUGCCUCCUCCAGAUACUAUGUACUGUGAACAGCAAAUCAACAUCCCCCCUGAACUACCAGACAUUCUCAAACAGUUCACCAAAGCUGCAAUCAGAACCCAACCCCAUGACAUACUACAGUGGUCUGCAGCGUACUUCUCUGCCCUGUCCAAAGGAGACACUCUGCCAGCCAAAGAUAGGCUGGAGAUGCCCGUUGCCACACAGAAGACUGAUACCGGAUUGACUCCAGGCCUGCUGAAGGUCCUACACAAACAGCUGGCCCCUAAGGAGACGAUCAGUAAGGAGGAGCUGCAGCAGAAGUGGAAGGGUCUGUGUCUGCCCUCAGAGCAGCUGGACACUCUGCUGGCCCUGGGGAACUUCAACGACAACAUCCACUGGAUGCAGUUCUUUGCCCUGGGCUGCAGCGCUCUGGGAGGGACCAUCAUCAGUGCCCUGAAGUAUGCGUGUGAAAUCCUGACGGAGAAUGAGGAGGGUGGAGCGGCGAGGAUCCCCUUUGAUACAUUCGUAGGGCUGUACACUUACCUGGCCCACCUGGACGGAGAGAUCCCCCAGGACCAGAUAGACAGCUUCCUAAGCAGCCUGCAGGAGUCUGUCACCAAGCAGAAUGGGAUGAUUCAGCUGGCCAACUUCUACAGCCGCAAAAAAUUUAGAUAAUAGGAGAGAUUGAGGGAGAGACGAAAAGGACAGGAAAGAACAGGAAGAAACAGAGAGUAUCAGGAAGGAAUUGGCUUUACUACUUAUUCUACAAAUAAAUAGUAUUCUCUAAAUCCCCAUGGAAUCACGAUCAGUUGAUGUAUUUCCUGUUAAAGCUCAGAUCUGUACAGUAGUGAUACCCAGUUGAUGUAUUUCCUGUUAAAGCUCAGAUCUGUACAGUAGUGAUACCCAGUUGAUGUAUUUCCUGUUAAAGCUCAGAUCUGUACAGUAGUGAUACCCAGUUGAUGUAUUUCCUGUUAAAGCUCAGAUCUGUACAGUAGUGAUACCCAGUUGAUGUAUUUCCUGUUAAAGCUCAGAUCUGUACAGUAGUGAUACCCAGUUGAUGUAUUUCCUGUUAAAGCUCAGAUCUGUACAGUAGUGAUACCCAGUUGAUGUAUUUCCUGUUAAAGCUCAGAUCUGUACAGUAGUGAUACCCAGUUGAUGUAUUUCCUGUUAAAGCUCAGAUCUGUACAGUAGUGAUGCCCAGUUGAUGUAUUUCCUGUUAAAGCUCAGAUCUGUACAGUAGUGAUGCCCAGUUGAUGUAUUUCCUGUUAAAGCUCAGAUCUGUACAGUAGUGAUGCCCAGUUGAUGUAUUUCCUGUUAAAGCUCAGAUCUGUACAGUAGUGAUGCCCAGUUGAUGUAUUUCCUGUUAAAGCUCAGAUCUGUACAGUAGUGAUGCCCAGUUGAUGUAUUUCCUGUUAAAGCUCAGAUCUGUACAGUAGUGAUGCCCAGUUGAUGUAUUUCCUGUUAAAGCUCAGAUCUGUACAGGAGUGAUACCCAGUUGCUUGAAUUAUUUCCCAGGCAGUUGAGUUUGGUUUAUAUCUUAUUGUAAUAUCGGACAGAGAGUUGCUGUGAUAUAACAUGGAAGGUCUACUGUACUGCGUGUGAAUGUAGGUCAGUGUCACUAGAACCAAUGAGAACCACUCCUGCCCUGACAGGUUAGUCGAUAGUUCAUUUGUCAUGCUCAUGCCUUGUCAAUUAAGUGCCUGUUGCAUUCUUUUUCAACUUGGCAUAUUCAUUUAGCCAGUGAGUGAGUGAGUGAGGGAGAUAGGGAGUCUGUCUGUCUCUGUCUGUCUGCUAGUUCUUGUGAAAUGGAG